AUGAUAGGAUCAACUUCAGGUAUAAUCAUUGCUGAAGGUUCAGCAUAUGGAGUAUUACCAAAUCAAUUGUAUUCUUCAUAUAAUAAUAAAUUAGACCCAAGCGGAGCUCUUAUGUUUGCUGAUACUGACAAUAAUGAUAUUCAAAAGUUCUCCGUUUCAUGUGCCGGUGUAAUUGGUAAUGGAAUGAAUAUUUUGGUAAUGUUAAGUGUUAGUACUUAUCGUAAAACUCCUUGUACAUUUUAUUUUCUUAUUACUUCAAUUAGCAAUAUUCUUUUCAUAACGAUUAUUCUCAUUUCUCGACUUGUCAUUACAGGACUUAACGUUGAUUUAACUCGUACAUCAGUAAUCUGGUGUAAAUCGCGAUUAUAUCUCAUCGGCGUUUUUAGUUUAAUGUCUUUUACUUUUUCAUGUUUAGCUACAAUUGAUCAAUUUUUUGCUACGUCACGAAGUGCUAGUCUUCGUCGUUGUAGUAAUAUAAAGUGGACAUAUCGAAUUGUAUUCAUUACAAUUCUUGCGUGUUUUUUUCAUGCAAGUCCUUGUUUAAUAUUUCUUGAUAUCUCACCAAUCACGAAUACAUGUAUAAACAUGAGCAGUGCCUAUACCAUUUAUCUCUCCUUCUAUAGUCUUGGUCUUACCUGUUUUUUUCCGAUUGUUAUAAUGGUUGUAUUUGGAUAUCUCACUUAUCGUAAUAUUCAAUCAACAAGAGUUCUUGUUAGACAAUAUGCUGAUCGUCAAUUGGCACGAAUGACAUUGAUUCAAGUAGCACUUGUUGUUAUAUGCAUGCUACCAUAUGGUAUUGACACUACUUAUAAUUUGAUCACAAAUGGGAUGGUUAAAGAUAUAAAUCGAAUAAUCGAAGAAUCGUUUGCAUUAACCGUUUUCACUCUUUUAACUUAUUUCUACUAUGUCGGAAGUUGUUUCAUGUUUUUAGUUACAUCAAGUCGUUUUCGACGAGCAACAAAAGAUCGAAUAUUAUUUUGGCGUAGAGCAAAUCAAGUACUUCCAAUCCAAAAUCCGACAUUUCAAGCACCAACAUUGGGAAACACAACACACAAUUAA